AUGGGCUCAUCCUACUGUAAACCGUGGCCAAACAACACACAAACUUGCGAGUGUCGCGAAGGAUUCGCGCGAAUCACCAGCGGAAGAUGCGCUGGUAAGUUUUUUCGAUUUUUUAUUUUUUUUGCCCGGCGAAAAUUUCUCGAAGAUUUCUCAUUUCCACUUGAGGCGGCAGCACAAUAUGUUUAUUGCAUUUUUCUCAUUUUUCGAUUAUUAUUUUUCAACUUUUUUCGCGCGCGCGAAAAAGGGAUUUAUGAAAAAAAAUAAACACGAGGGGGAUUUUGAAGAAAAUUUCAAAAAAAAAUUUUUUUAGUGAUCAGCGAAUUGACACGUGGAUCUACAGGCCUUCCGGAUUCGGGUGAUGAUUCGGAAGAGCACGGCGAGGCGCCUGUUUGUUUGUUGGGGCAGGCCGAGAAAACGGCGACCAAGUGAGUCUUGCCACGUGGCAUUUGGGGGUUUUUUGACACCGAAUGUGACUGGGUUUUGGCGCCAAAAGUUACAGUAUCCUAGAGUUUCUGGUUUUUGCCACGUGGAUUUUUUUGUGACUUUAGGAACUAUAAUUUCAAGCGUCUUUUGAGAAAAUUAAUUCAUCAAAGUGUAAAAUCCGAAAUUUAUUUUCAAAAUUUUUUGAAACAGUGAAUUUUUCAAUCAAAAUGUUGGUUAAUUUCAGGCGGAUCUGAAUUUCAGAACGAAAUUGAAUUUUUCAGCCACGUGGCUAAAAUUCUGAGCUAGAAAAUCCUGCUUUAAAAUAUUGCCACGAUUUUUUAGUUUCUGAAGAAAAUUCCAGAUCUAGAAAAAUUCACUGUUUCAAAAAUUGCUUAAGUAUGAUUCUCAUAGAUUUUCUGUGAUUCACCAUUUUUUUUAAAUUUUAAAUUUCCAAUUUUUUGUUAGAAAAACCUUGAAACAGUGAAUUUUUCCAAAAAACAGUAACAAUUUUUUGAAUGUUAUAAAUUAAAAAAAACGCCACGUGGCAAUUUUUGUCAGAAAAUCUUGCUCUCAGAAAUUUUUUUCCUGGAAAAUCCGGGAUUUUUUCUCCAAAAAUUCACUGUUUCAAAAAUUUGUGAAUUGAAAUUUCGAAAAAAUUUUUUGGUAUUGAGAUAUUAUAUUUUCACUGUUCCAAAAUUCUUAGCAAAAAAAUUCACUGUUUCAAAAACUGGUCAAUUUAAAUUCUAAAAAAAUAUCUGUGAUCCAUGCUUAUCUGACUAUUUCAAAUUUUUCACUGUUUCAAAAAAUUCUUCUCAACAAUCAGCAAUCUGAUAUCUUUUCAGGUAGACACAAAAAAUAUCACAAGAUCCCCGGAAAAAAUGUCGAACAUAACAUAACAUCUCAAAUUUCCAACAAGAUAAUCUUUAGUUUCGCUAUCUCAAAAAUGUGUCACAGGAAAACUAUAUUGCUCAUCUUAUAAAAUAUUCCCCAAUUUGUUUUGUUUUGGACUUGUGCUAAGUCAAAAAAAAAUAUAGAGGAGGGGGAAAAGCUUUUUGAAAAAAAAAUAUGGAAAUUUGAAUAAUGCGGUGUGCGAAAAUUGAAUUUUGUGUUUUUGUUGUUUUGCUGCGUGCGGACAACAUGUCCACUAAAAACAUGGCGAUAUACGAAGAAAAAAUCGAGGGGAAAUCUCAAGUUUUUUGGGGAGAAUUCUUGUGAUUUCCAGGAAGUUCUUUGAAACAGUGAAAAUUACAACAAACAUCAAUUUGUAAUCACAGAAAACUUUUAGAAUUUCAAUUCAGAAAUUUUUGAAACAGUGAAAUUUUGAAAAAUUCUAAAAAAAUUUUUUCACGUAUAUGUUCCGCUUAACAAAUUUUUCAGAAUAUGAAGAAUUUUAUGGAUAAUUUGAAACAGUGAAAAAUUAUAAGAUUACAAUCUACCAUAAAAAUUUCCCAAAAUUUCAAUUCAGAAAUUUUUGAAACAGUGAAUUUUCUAGAGAGUUUUUUCCUAAUUUUUUAAAAAUAAUUUUCAGUAAAGUUUUUGAAAACCGAGCUUUUUAAUAUUUUUUCUUUUCAAAAUUUUGAAACAGUGAAAAUUACAUUUUACAAACUUUCAACUUUCAAAAAGCAAAGGGAAAUCCUACAUUUCAAAUUCAGAAAUUUUUGAAUUAGUGAAUUUUUAAAAGAAAUUCUGAAAUUUAUCUCACAUACGGAAACAUCUAAUUAACAAAAUUUUCAGAAUAUAAAAAAGUUUAUUAAUAAUUUGAAACAGUGAAAAAGACUCAACUUUAACUUUAACGAAGAAGAAGGGAUAAAAUCACAGAAAACUUUUAGAAUUUCAAAUUCAGAAAUUUUUGAAAUAGUGAAUUUUCUAGAGAGUUUUUUUUCCAAAAUUUUUUUUUUCAUAAUUUUCAGAAAAUUUUCUGGAAAUUUCUGAAAAUUGAAUUUUUUUUCGCUGAAAUUUUGAAACAGUGAAAAUUAUGCAAGAAACAGAAAUUUGAAAUCACAUAAAACUCUUAGCAUUUUAAUUCAAAAAUUUUUGAAACAGUGAAAUUUAGAAAAAUAAAAAACAUUUUCAUAAUGUGAAUCGUCAUUAAUAUCAUAAACAAAAUUUUCCAAAUUUAAAAAAGUUUAUUAAUAAUUUGAAACAGUGAAAAAUUACAACAAUUCUGCUCUGUAAAACAAAGAAAAACCAUAAAAAUUUCUCGAAAUUUCGAUUCAGAAAUUUUUGAAACAGUGAACUUUUCUAGAGAUUAUUGUCCUAAAUUUCUUUCAUAAUUUUGAGAAAAUUUUCUGGAAAUUUCUGAAAAUUGAACUUUUGAAUAUUUUUCGUCUAAAAUUUUGGAAACAGUUAAAAUUACAUGAAAAUGAAACAUCUGUUUAGUAUCACAGAAAACUUUUAAAAUUUUUAUUCAGCAACUUUUGAAACAGUGAAAUUUUUAAAAAUUUUGCGUGGUUACUAACAAAAUUUUCAGAAUACAGCAAAAGUUAUAAAUAAUUUGAAACAGUGAAAAAUUAUAACAUUUCCGUUACCAAGAAUCAAUCCACCAUAAAAAUUUCUUCAAAGUUCAAAAAUUUUUGAAACAGUGAACUUUUCUAGAGAUUUUUGUCCUAAUUUUUUUUUUUCAUAAAAAUUUUCUGGAAAUUUCUGAGAAUUGAACUUUUGAAUAUUUUUUCUCUUCAAAAUUUUGAAACAGUCAAAAUUACAUUUUACAAUAAACAGGAGAUUGAAAUCACAAAAACCUAUUAGCAUUUCAAUUCAAAAAUUUUUGAAACAGUGAAAUUUUUAUAAAACAUUCUGAAAUAUUUUUAACAUGUUCUGAUUAAGAACAUUUUCAGAAUACGAAAAUUUUUAUGAAUCUGAAAAUUGAAAUUUUAAAUUAUUUUUCUCUUCCAAAUUUUGAAACAGUGAAAAUUACAUUUUACAAUAUGCAGCGGCUUUAAAUCACAGAAAACUUUCAGAAUUGUUAAUCAGCAGCUUUUGAAACAGUGAAAUUUUAAAAAAUAAAAAAAAUUUGAUAAUGUGAAACGUCAUUGAUAUCAUAAACAAAAUUUUCCAAAUUUAAAAAACUUAUAAUUAAUUAUGAAACAGUGAAAAAUUAUUUUAAACAUUCUCUGAAAUUUUGAUUCAGAAAUUUUUGAAACAGUGAAGUUUUAGGGAAAAAUUCUGAAUUUUCCAAGCCAAAAAAUUCUGAGAGCAAGAUUUUCGGGCUCCAAAUUACUUUUUGCCACGUGGCAUUUUUUCUUAUAACUUUCAAAAUUUUGUUCUGUUUUUCGGAAAAAUUCACUGUUUCAAGGUUUUUCUAACAAAAAUUUGAAAUUUCGAAGUUUAUUAAAGACUUCAGACUAUUUGAUUCAUCGAAAAUCCACGUGGCAGUCAUGUUUGGUCUCAAAAAAUCGCAAAUUCCAAGGGCCCCUUGAAAAUCCACGUAGUUAGCCUAAAUUCAUCCUGAUAUUUUCAGAAUUCUCCAAGACGUUCUCAACAAAUACGACAGAAACAUGGUUCCAAAAAUGAAGGGUGUCGAUGUCGACGUGGAAUUGUUGAUUCAACGAGUCUCGGAGAUCUCAGAAAUUCAGUCGGCAAGUACAAUGCACAUUUUGUUCAGUCAAAUUUGGCAUGAUCCCGGUUUGUCGUUUGAGGUGAGUGACAAAAGACGGGAAAUGCGCGGGGGUAGACAUAAUAAUAAUUUUUUAAUUUUUUUUUACUACUUAUACAAAAAAAAUUUUUAAUCGCUUCCUGAAUGUGAUUUUGAUGGAUUGGUCUUUCUGGGAGAAAAUUGAGGUCAAAAAAUGACGUGGAAUUUUUUUCGGGGGCUUUUUUCAGCCUAAAAAGUUUGGCACCAAAAUUUCUGAUUUUUAAAUUUUGGUCCUGUUUGGAUUCCAUCGCCUAACUAGACUCUAGUUAGGCUAAUUAAUUUUCAGCACGAGAAAAAUGUUCCGGGUCAGAAAAAAUCGGAAAAUGCCACGUACCAAAUUUUGUUGAGCCAAAAAUUAACGUGGCUUUUUCAGAAGUUAGAAAAUUCUCUGAAUUCACCAAAUCGGCAUAAAAAUUAAUUAGAAAGGACCGAAAUUUCAUGAAAAAUCCGAAUUUUCACACUAAAAUCUUUUCAGAGUUCCUCUAACUCCUCUAAUUCUCGAAAAUUUCAAAAAAUCUCAAAAUUCUCCGAAUCCCUGCUAAAAUUUUGUGAAAAAUCGGAAUUUUUGUGCGAAAAUCAUCCCAGAGUUCCUCUAACUCCUCAAAUCUCCUCAAAAGUUCAGUAAAAAUCCAGAAAUUCUCUGAAUUGACCAAAUCGGCAUAAAAAUUAACUAGAAAGGACCAAAAUUUUGUGAAAAAUCCGAAUUUUCGUACAAAAAUCAUCCCAGAGUUCUCCUAAGUCCUCAAAAUUCCGAAAUUUCAGUUGAAAUCUAAAAAUUCUCUGAAUCCCGGCCAAAAUUUUGUGAAAAAUCAGAAUUUUCACAAUAAAAUCUCUCAAAGUUCCCCUAACUCUCGAAAAUCCCAAAAUUUCAUUUUAAGUCUGAAAUUUCACAUCAAAACCCCUCAAAGUUCACCUAACUCUCAAUAAUCCCAAAAAUUCGUUUUAAAUUUAAAAAGUUCUUUGAAUACAUCAAACCAUAAUGGAAAUCACGAACCCUGGUCAAAAUUUUAAGAAAAAUCAGAUUUUUCACGCUAAAAUCCUCCCAGAGUUCCUCUAACUCUCGAAAAUCCUUAAAUUUCAGUGAAAUCUAAAAAUUCUCAGAAUUCAUCAAGCCAUAAUGAAAAUCAAUUAAAAAAUCCCGGCCAAAUUUUUGUGAAAAAUCCGAAUUUUCACUCUAAAAUCCUCUCAAAGUUCCCCUAACUCCUCAAAAUUCCCCAAAUCUUUUUGGAGCCCAAAAUCCACGUGGAUUUUUUUAAACCAAACCAAAAAUUCAUGAAAAACCCGAAUUUUCACACUAAAACCCUCCAAAGUUCCCCUAACUCUUCAAAACUCCAAAAAUUUCAUUUUAAAUCUGAAUAUUCUCUGAAUUCAUCAAACCAUUAUGGAAAUCAUCAACCCUGGCCAAAAUUUUGUGAAAAAUCCGAAUUUUCACACCAAAAUCCCCCAAAGUUCCUCUAACUCUCAAAAAUCCCAAAAUUUCAGUUGAAAUCUGGAAAUUCUUUGAAUCCCGGCCAAAAUUUUGUGAAAAAUCCGAAUUUUUACACUAAAAUUCUCCCAGAGUUCUUCUAACUCCUCAAAAUUUCCCAAACCGAACCAAAAAUUCAUGAAAAAUCAGAAUUUUCACACUAAAACCCUCCAAAGUUCCCCAAACUCCUCAAAAAAUUCCAGCACGAAGACGGUGCUCAAUGCCUAACAAAUCUCUCAUUAUCACAUCGAAUGGUCGACACAAUUUGGCUUCCAAAUGUCUGUAUAGUCAAUUCAAAAGGUUCCACAAUUCACAAAAGUCCAACACCCAACAUAUUUCUGGCCAUUUUCCCAAAUGGCACAGUUUGGAUGAAUUAUCGUGUGGUAGUUGAAUCACCGUGCGAAAUGGAUUUCAGCUUCUUCCCAAUGGAUCGUGUGAUGUGCACAACGAUUUUUGAGAGCUACGCUUUUAAUGUGGGAAAAGUUAGGCUACAUUGGAAAAGGCAGGGACAACCUGUUGAAUUUAUUGAUGAAGUAAAGUUGCCCGAUUUUCAUAUGACCACUUUUAUUCAUGAGAAAGCCACGUUUAUUUAUCCGGCCGGAGUUUGGGAUCAGGUUUGUUUUUGGGCUUUUUUUUGGGGCAAAAAAUUCUGAAUUUUAGCAUAGAUCUUUGCAAAACAUCUAACGAAAGCAAGAAAAACGCCAAGAAUUAAAAAGAAUUUUGAAACAGUGAAUUUUUUUUCUCAAGAAUUUUAGGAAUUUUUUAAAACCUAAUUGAUUACUGUGGAAUUUUCAGACUCCUAAAAUUCUCAGUCACUGCAAAAAAUUUUUGAGAAAAAUUUCAAAAAAAAAAAUUCACUCUUUCAAAAUUUCUAAAUUUUCCACAUUUUCGUAUUUUUUUUAAUUUGCCAGUGGUUCUGUUUUUUUUCAAAAAAUUCAAAAUUUCUAAAGAAUAAAUUCUGAAACAGCAAUUUUUCUAAUUAUAAAUCAAAUUUUUGCCACGUCAUAGUCAUUUUUUCAUUUUAUUUUACAACAAAACACUAAACCAACAUUGUCCUCCAAAAUUUCUCAAAAAUUAGAGAAAUUUUUGAAACAGUGAAUUUUUUUGUCAAAUUUGACCAAUGUGCUAUGACGUGGCAGAAAAUCUUGAGUUGCAGUUAAUUUUUUAAAUUUUUUUUCAACAAAAAAAAAUUCGCUGUUUCAAAGUUUCUUGAUUUUUGGACGCUCUCAUAUUAAUUAUUUUUUGUUCGAUAAUCUUUUUUUUAUUAAAAAAUUUUGAAACAGUGAAUUUUUUCUCAACAAUUUUUUUUUAAAUAGAGCUAUGAUGUGUCAAACAUCUGGAAUCAAAAAUAGCAAAUUUUUCUAGAAAUUUGGAAAAAAAAUCACUGUUUCAAAAUUUCUUGAUUUUUUUUUCAAAAAAAAAAUUAGAUUUACUCUCGUCAAUAGUUAUACAUGUGAAAAAUUUCGUAAAAAAAUAAUCUGAACUUUUCAAAAGUUGCAAAAUCAUUUUGUCCAAUUUUUUACGAAUUCGAAAUGGUCGGCAAAAUAUUUUAAAAAUUCUGAAAAAUUUUUGAAACAGUGAAUUUUUCCCAAUUCAUAGUGCUAUUCCUCUAGUAUAUUGAGACACUGAAUUGUUAGCCAAAAUGUUUCAAAAAUUAUAAAAAAUUUUUGAAACAGUGAAUUUUUACAUUGAAAAUUUUUUUACUUUUCAGUUCAAAAAAAUUCUCGCUACGGAAAAACCUUCAAAAAUCAUUCUCCGAUCAACUAAUUCAUCAUCUGACCGAGGAAAAAAAUUUCGUAGCUCAAAUAAAAACAAAACACAACAUCAAUCAUUUUGCCUGACACAUUUUUCAGGACAUUUUCAUUUUUUUUUUUGUAAAAUAACAAAAAGUGUGAAAAUGUUUUUGAUUGAUAGAUCACCCUGGUCAAAAAUCGUUGAACUUUCUUUGUUUUUUGGCGAGAAAACGGGGUCAGAUCAAAUUCGGACUCAAAAAAUUCGCGCAAAAAACUCAAAUUCAAAUUUUCCUUGCAGCUCAACAUCAAACUAUUUUUCCGGCGUUCUUACGGGUUCUACAUUCUUCAAAUCUACCUUCCCACUUAUUGUAUGGUUCUAAUCUCAUGGAUUUCUUUUUGGUUGGAUCGACGAAGUUUACCGGCAAGAGUUACGCUUGGAGUCAGCUCUUUGAUGGCGCUAACAUUACAGUACUCUAAUGUUUCGAGGAGUUUGCCUAAGGUGAGUUAGGGGAAGUUGAGAGGGGAUUUUUGGUGGGAUACUGGCUGGAAAUUGGGGGUUUUGUGGCUUUCUAGAGACCUUAAGGUAAUUUUCAGAUUCCUUAAGAUCACUGAAUUUUGGAACAAUCAAAUUUUAGUUAAAAUAAAAAAGCACUCAUUAGAAAAUCACAAUGGUUCAAAGUUUUCUACAAGUUUUGAAACAGUGAUUUUUUUUCUGAAGAAAAAAACAUUCAAAAGUUGUGAGAGAUUGAACUCAAAGCUUCUGAAAAAGAUUUUCAGUUGAAAAUCAUUUUUUUUUUAAUUUUGAAAGUGAUUUUCAUUGAACGAUUGUCGAAAAUAUGCUCUCAAUUUCCUCUAAUUUUGAAACAGUAAUUUUUUUUUUGAAACAGUAUAAUUUUUAAUAAUAAUUUUUUAUUUUUUUUAAACUCUUUUUUAUUGGAGUUUCCUUGAGCAGAAAAAUUAAGAGAAAAAUUUGAAACCAAAAUGAAAAUUAUAAUUGAAUUUAUUUGACCAGAAAAAAUUUCUACAAAUUUCGAAACAGUGAAUUUUUUCUGAACAAAAAUAGUCUAAAAUUAUCAAAAAAUCAGUAUUCUUUCAAAUUGUUCUAGAAAUUUUGAAACAGUGAAAUUUUGAAUUUUUAUUCACUUAUUGGAGUUUGUUUGGUCAGAAAAUUUAUCAGAAAAAUUUGAAACAGUGAAUUUUUGAAUCCAAAAAAUUGUGAAAAUUCUAGAUUUUUUGGUGCGAAAAGUUGAUUUUGUGUUGAAAAAAUUGAAAUUAUAAGAUUGGAUUUUUUGACCAGAAAAAAUUCCUACAAAUUUUGAAACAGUGAAUUUUUUCUGAAAAAAAAAUAAUCGAAGUAUCGGAAAUCCAAUAUUCUUUCAAAUUGUUCUAGAAAUUUUGAAACAGUGAUUUUUUAAUUUUUUAAACUCUUUUUUAUUGGAGUUUCCUGACCAGAAAAAUUAUCAGAAAAUUUUGAAACAGUGGAUAUCUCCCACACAAAAAAUAGGUUUUUUUUAAAUUACACGGAUCCAAAAAAAUAUUUUUUUUCUCUUUUUUAUGUUAGAUAAAUGCUGGAGCAUGCGGUUAAUUGGGGUUUUUUUUUGGCCAGAGAAGUUAUCUGAAAAUUUUGAAACAGUGAAUUUUUAAAUUCGAAAAAUGUGAAAAAUCAACCAUUUUUUGCCGAAACUGUCAAAAAGGUAUUGUAAUUUUUCAGUCUUGAAAAUAUUUCAAAACUUUUUGAAACAGUCAACUUUUUCGAUUUGAAAUUAAAUUUUUUUCAAACUAAAUUUGGAAUUAUUUUUCGACCACCAAAAACUAUAAGAAAAUCAGAAUUUUUUGAUACGAAUAAUAUUUCGAAAAAUUCUGAAACAGUGAAUUUUUUUCAAAAUUUCCUCCCCAUUUUCAGCCAGUUCCUCUCCAAAAUCCCCUCAAAUUUCAGGCAAAACAUUUUUUUAGAACUUCCAAGUAGCUUCAAGUUUACUGGAAUCGGUAUUUAUCCCAUGUUUAAUAGCACACAUUUUCAGCACGCUUUUUCUUUGUCUGAAAAAAAUCACCCGCUUGUCUGAAAUUUUCAGCUGAGUCACAAAAAUUUAAAAUUAUUUUCAGGUUUCCUACGUGAAAGGUCUGGAUUUGUUCAUGUUCGGAUGUAUUGUUUAUAUAUUUUUGAGUAUUGUUGAAUUGGCUGUGGUUGGAUCGUUGGAGCAGAGGAGGAUCAAGUGAGUUAGGCUAACUUGGGAGAUGGUUAUGACGUGGCGAGCGCCUACGGCGCGAGUGUUGACCGCAAGCUUCCGCGAAGCGGCACGGCCUUAGGCUCAACCUAAUUGUAACAGAAAAAUUCACUGUUUCAAAUUUCUUGCAUAAUUUUUCAUGAUUUUUGCAAAAGUGGUAAAUAUAAGCCGAAAUGCUACUGCAAAAAAUUCACUGUUUCAAAAAAAAUUUAAAUUUAAAAUUAAAAUUAAUUUAUUUGUUUAUUGAAAUCUAUAGAAUAUUUUGCCACGUCAUUCCGCAAGCUUUCGCUUCAGAAAAAUUAACUGUUUCAAAAUUUUUUGUAAAAUUAUUUGAGGCUACUCAGGAAAAAAUUAGCGAUGGUACCGAACCUUAUCGGCCCUGGUACCGAACUCAUUUUGUCAAAGUACCCGCCCCGUCGCUGCACCAGGGCGAAAAGCGUACGGCACCCGAACAAAAUAUGUUCGGUACCAGUGCAUUUAGGUUUUAGUCGAUCCGCACCGGUGCAAAAUUUACGCAUUUUGCAUUGGGUAUAUGCAGGAUAAAAGCGGUUCGCCGCUUGAAAAUGAGCUUUAAAAACCACAACUAACAUUACACAGUUUGACAAUAACGUUUAUUGACUGUCAAAUACAGGAAAAAUUAACGAAUUAAGGCGUCUUCGUUCAGGUUUGGAGUGAUUUGUUGUUGAUUGCAGAUUCCACGUCACGUUUGAGGAAAUCUGUAAAAUAUAAAUGAUAAAUGGAAGUCUGAAGUUACUUUCAAAUUUUCUGUGUUGCUUUCAACCCAGUUUUCAUAUUUUUAGUGGAAAUUUCGAAGACAAUCAAAAAUCAUAGGAAAUUAGUUGUAGAAAUAAGGAAAUGAAUCACAAUACUUCUUUUAAUAAACUACAUUUCCCAGGAAUAUCUCAUACUUUCUAAAAAGUAAGUAGAUAUUAUAUUAAAAACACUCACCUUCUAGUUUUCUCUGAAGAUCGCGGUGAAUUGACCAUUUGAACAUUUUCCAUUGCAUUGGGAAGCUCUUCAGGAUGUUUUCCUCGUUUCGUUCGAUUUCUUUGUUGUUCCACAUGAUAUUUCAAUCAUUUCGAUCUGAAAUUAAUCAUUGAACCUACGGUUUUCUGAGUUUUCGAAAGACAAUACAUAAAAAUCAAACCUGAAGAGACGCCGAUUGUGUGUUCAUUGAAAUAUGUCGUCUUUUCGCCUCUUAUAGCCAAGAAUUGUUGGAGCAAAAUUUGUCAACUGUAAUUUCCUUUUCGCACAGCGAUUUUCGACUAUCUGAAAACAAAGAAUUACAUCGAAACCUAGAAAAAAACAAGAAAAGCGUUGAAAAGAAACAAAACGAAAAAAAAACAUGUUUUUCUGCUUCUGCGUACUACACACACAAGUUUACGCGCAAUUGCACACUUUCUUGUGUGACCCGAGAUGGCCUUUUCGUUUAAGACUACGAAAAGUACGAUUUUAAUGAAAACUGGUGCGAUAUUCGGAUUGAGAAUCAAGAAUCAAGCAUAAUCAUAUGUUAAACUUUUUUGAAAACACAUUUCAACAAUGUUUUUGAAUAUCGGGCGGAAAAUCAUCGUUUUUGAGAAGAGAUUUAUUGAAAAUUGUCAUGAUUUUUGUUCUAAAAACGUAUUGUGAGAUUUUGAUAUUGAAUUUUCGAUGAAAGCAUUGAGGACAGACGUAUUUUCCUAUUGGAACACAGGGUGUAAGUUACUACCUCAAAUCGCUAGACCUCAAAUUUUUCAUUAAUUUUUGGGUAGAUCAAAAAUCAUUUUUCUCUAAAUCUCUCGUUUUUGCGUUGAAUUUUGUCGAUUUUAGUCCCACCCCUAAGAUCGUGUCAGGUCUCAAAAAAUGCGCGAAAUUUUUCGGGUAGUAAAUUACACUCUGUGGAAUUGACGCUAGAUGAAUUUGAUGUUAAAUUUUCACAUUUCCAUAGGAAAAAUAGCGAAAUACAUAUCACAAUUUUACUUUUCAAUGGAAAAUAUCACAUUUUCUUUCAUUCUUCAUUCUUCAAAUGUCGAGUUUUUUUCUUUCUUACGGCGCAAAAACUCCAAAAGUAGAAAUGAGAAAACUAUUUGAAAAUUGACUGGCACAUGACGAUAAUAUGCCGCUAGACAUUCGAAGAACUAUAUUUUUUCAAAAAUGAUGUGAAAAUUUAAAAGGGUUCUCAACGUUUUUCGUUUCAGUCGUAUACGACACACCGCACUCAAACAAUCGCUAAGUACUUUUUUGCACAAGAGCGGAACUUUAGUUCGGUACCAGUGCAUUACCUUUUUUGUUUGAUAAUCACUUUUGAAAAUUUCGCACGGGUACCGAACUGGUUCGGUACCAGUCCAAAGUGCAAAAGGGUUCGGUACCAAGGCAAAAAGGUACCGGUACCAUCGCAAAACGUCAAAAAGUCGCGGCACCGUCCAUACAUGUUUUUGGUCCGGAAAAGUAUAAAAAAGGGUCGUUAACUUUUUUAUUUUUCAUGAAAAAUAGGUCCUUAACUUUUAUGAAAAAAUUACUAUUAUUUUCUCAAGUCAUCAAAAUUACCUCUGCAUCAACUUCUUCUUUCAAAGAGGAGCAGGGUUUCCACAAGAAUUUCGCCUUGAUUCAUUCUCAAAUCACGCGAAAUAUUUCAAUAUCUCUCAUCGCCGACAGUUCGCUGGUAGCGCCACACACCAUAUCUCUCAUUGCACCUGGCUCCGCCCACAUCAUUUUUUUCUUUUCUUUUCGUUUUUUUCACAGACAAUUCAAAUCAAAAGCAAAACUUAACAGCUUAACGGCAACCAAAUGAGCUAAAAAUUUUCACAGCUCUACUUCAAGAUAUUUCACAGGGUUCGAAAACCUAAAACUUUCAAAUAAAGACCGUUUUAAGGGAAAUAAAGACCUAUCCGGAAAAGUAUAGUGUCAUCCUAUACUUUUCCGGAUAGGUCUUUAUUUCCCUUAAAACGGUCUUUAUUGGAGGUUUUUAGGUCUUCGAACCCUGUGAAAUAUCUUGAAGUAGAGCUGUGAAAAUUUUUAGCUCAUUUGGUUGCCGUUAAGCUGUUAAGUUUUGCUUUUGAUUUGAAUUGUCUGUGAAAAAAACUAAAAAAAAAAGAAAAAAGAUGAGUGCGUGUGUUGCAUAACAAGGGAAAACAAAGGAGGAGAAAACAACGAGAGCAUAGAGCAGUCGGUUAGCCUCGCGCUUUCUAAUCCAGCUACAAAGGUUCGGUUCUGGGCUAGAGCUUUUACUUUGAUUUUUGGCAGUAUUUUUGUUCUUCAUUUUUCCGAUGGAGGGUCUUUAACUUUUUCAUUUUUGACAAAAAGGGGUCUUUAACCCGAAGGGCCUUCCGGAGAGAAAAACAUGUAUGGCACCGUCGCUAAUUUUUUCCUGAGUAGUGGAAAAUUUACUGUUUCAAAUUUAUUCUAAAAAUUUUUGAGGCUUGUGGAAAACUGAUAAUGCGAGAAAAGGUGUUAUUUCUUAUUGAAAAAAUUCACUGUUUCAAAAAGUUUUAAUGCAUUUUUUGAUUGCUUGGGAUGUUAUUACAUUUACCUUUUUAAAAAUGGUUCAUUGAUCCAUUCUUUAAAAAAUUGCUACCGAAAUCUUCUGCGAGGCAAAAGUGCUCAAGACUCAACCUAUUUGUAACAGAAAAAUUCACUGUUUCAAAUUUGUUACAUAAUUUUUCAAGAUUUUUUGCAAAAAUGAUAAAUAUAAGCCUAAUUUAAAUGCUACUGCAAAAAAUUCACUGUUUCAAAAAAAUUAUAAUCAACAAAUUAUAAUUUUUUAAUUGAUUUUAACAAUAUUUGUUUAUUUGAAUAAUCUUUUAGAAAAUUUUCCACGUCAUUCCGCAAGCUUCUUCCGCUUCAAAAAAAUUUACUGUUUCAAAAUUUUUGUAAAAUUAUUUGAGGCUUGUGGAAAAUUGAUAAGCAAAUUUCGUUUUUUUUUUCAAAAAAUUCACUGUUUCAAAAAAAAUUGAAAUCAAAAAUUAUAAAUUUUGAAUUGAUUAGAUAAUUCUUUCUCAAAAAAAAAAUAUCUUGCCACGUCAUAGCUCAAAAAAAUUCUAUUUUUUUGCAGACAAGGCGAUGAAUUUAUGUCUGACGACGAGAUCAAGCGAAAUGUGUUUCAGCGGACAUUUUCUACAAAGUCUUUCAAAUCCGGAUAUGUAAGUUAUUAAAAAAAUCGGCUCCAAAGUUUUUGGCUCAAAACCAGUGGGCAUAAUUAAUUAAUUAAUGCAAAGUCCAAACACCAAAUCGCCUACCACCACCACACACAAAAUCCAGUCAAGCAUGUGCAAAAAAAGAGGCCCGGAGGCACUUAAAAUGAGCAUUAAUGUGUGCUCUUUUUCUAGGGAGCUCGACAUCAUCAUCAAUAUUCGGAAUGUGCAAGUCCAGAAGACGGGGGCGAAUGGCCGAAAACACGACCGGAAUGGACGGAACGGACAUAUGUUGAGUGUCCCGAACCGAAACCGCCUGAGAAUGAUCAUCAUGCGGAAAUGGAUAAUGAUUCGAAUAAUAAGGUGCGACACGAGAAACAUGUGAAAAUUUAAGUUAGGACAACUCCAAAGUGUGAAUAACCCUCAACAUUUUUAGAACUUUUCAAUUUUCUAUAUUGAAAUUUUGAAACAGUGAAAUUUUUAAGAAUAAAACUAUUGUUUUUAGCUUGUACUGAAAGUUACCAAAACUUUUUCAACACCAAAAAAAUUCAAAAAAAAAUUCACUGUUUCAAAAUUUUCAUAAUAAAAAUUGAGAAUUGUUGUAAAAUGCUAUAGGAAUUAAACGAUGUACCUAGAAACUUGAAAAUCCAAGAAUUCAUUUAUGUUAGAAAAAAACUAAAGUUAGGGUAACUGUACAAAAUUCGAAAAUUCGCAUAAAAAUUCAGCGAAAAAAUAUUUUUCUUAUGAAUUCCAAACCCCGAUCAUUUUUGAAAACUUGUCAAUUUUCUAUAUUAAAAUUUUGAAACAGUGAAGUUUUUUGAGAAGAAAAAUAUUGUUUUAGCUUGUACUGAAAGUCACCGAACCCUUUUCAACAGCGAAAAAAAAUUAUUCAAAAAAAUUCACUGUUUCAAAAUUUUCAUAAUAAAAAUUGAGAAUCGUUGCAAAAUGUUAUUGUAGUUUUACACAUAGAAAAAAAUAAAACAUUUUUCUUUUUCACGUGAAAUUGCGGACUCAUUGUUCUGACCGCGUGAAGACACACGACUCCGCUCUUUUUUUUGCAAUUUGCGGCGCAUUCUCAAAAUUUAAAUGGAAAAAAGAACGAAAUUUCUCUGACACGUGGAAAAACGUGAAAACGAGACGAGCUUUUUUCGAGUCUGCAAACACGGGACAACAGCAAAAAUUGUUCUAUUAUUUUCUAUGUGGUUUUAAGAUCAUCCUAGAAACUUGAAAAUCCAAGAAUUCACUUAUGUUAGGAAAAAACUAAAGUUAGGGCAGGGCAACUUCAGAAUUCAAAAAUUAGAGAAAACUGUACAAAAUUCGAAAAUUCGCAUAAAAAUUCGGCGGGAAAUUAUACCAACAUUAACAUUUUUGAGAACUUGUCGAUUUUCUAUAUUAAAAUUUUGAAACAGUGACAUUUUUUUGAGAAGAAAACUAGUUGUUUAGCUUGUACUGAAAAUUACCAAAAACCUUCUCAACACCAAAAAAAAAAAUCCAAAAAAAUUCACUGUUUCUCAAGAUCUCCCUAGAAAUUUGAAAAUCCAAGAAUUCAGUUAUGUUAGGAAAAAAACUGAAGUUAGGACAGCUCCAGAAUUAGAAAAUGGAAGAAUACUGUACAAAAUUCGAAAAUUUGGAUAAAAAUUCACCAAAACCUUUUCAACACCAAAAAAAAUUCAAAACAAUUCACUGUUUCAAAAAUUUCAUAUCAAAAAUUUGGAAUUGUUGGAAAAUGCUAGAGAUUUUGUAGUUAUAUCCACUUGAAUUCAGAAAAUUUAAAUAAAAAUUUUAGAUGAACUCAAAACACUCCUAAUUUUCAGGGCUAAAAUUUGGCGUCUUACAAUUUUCCAGAAGGAAUUUUCAAAUAUUUUUCAAACCCAGCCCCAAAAAACUCACGAAAUUCACUUCGAAAAAUCGCAAAUCCUCAACAUUUCCAUAAUUUUCGCUUCAAAAUCGCAAACUUUGUUCCUCAUAUUGAAUUCCAUCACCUGAAAACACAACAUUUUUCAAAAAAAUUCAAAUUUUCUCAAAAAAACUCACUUAUUUUUCAAAAUUUCAACUUCAUCUUCACAUUUUCAUCCAGUUUUCAGCUUGGAAUGAUCUGAAACAUUGAAUAAUAUUUUUUGUACUUGAAACAAAAUCAGAAAGAGAGAAAAAUCAAUAAAAAGUCGUGUUGGCAACGCGCUAAUACGCUAAACAAUGGGCAAAGUGACAGCGGAGUGUCGUUGUAAGGAAAACUUUUUGUUUGAAAAUAUGUCUUCUAUUAUUGUAAAUAUCCUCAACAUUUUUAUAAACUUGUUUAUUUUUCUUAUGAAAAUUUUGAAACAGUGAAGUUUUUUGAGAAGAAAACUAUUUUUUUUAGGUUUUACUGAACUUUACCAAAACCUUUUCAACAUAAAAAAAAAAUCCCAAAAAAAUCUCACUGUUUCAAAACUUUCAUAUGAAAAAUUGAGAAUUGUUGGAAAAUGAUGAACAAAAUGACCCCAGACACUUGAAAAUCCAAGAAUUCACUUAUAUUAGGAGAAAACAAAAGUUAGGGCAACUCCAGAAUUCAGAAGCCAGCAAAAAAUGAACAAAGUUAGGAUAAAACUUUAGCGGAAAUUUAAUUCGAAUAGUUUUUUUUACCAAUGUUUAACAUUUUUGAGAAUUUAUCAUUUUUCUAUAUUAAAAUUUUGAAACAGUGAAGUUUUUUGAGAAAAACACUUAUUUUUAGCUUGUACUGAACGUUACCAAAACCUUUUCAACACCAAAAAAAUCCCAAAAAAUUCACUGUUUCAAAAUUUUCAUAAUAAAAAUUGAGAUUUGUUGGAAAAUGUUAUGAUAGUUUUUAAUUUUAUAUUAAAAAUUGAAAAAUUGAGCAAAACGUUAUUGUUGUUUUACGAUCUCCCUAGAAACUUUAAAAACCAAGAAUUCAGUUAUGUUAGGAAAACAAACUAAAGUUAGGGUAACUGUACAAAAUUCGAAAAUUCGCAUAAAAAUUCAGCGGAAAAUUAUUUUGUUUUUCCUAUUAUCCUCACACCUAAACAUUUUUGAGAGCUUUUCAAUUUUCUAUCUUAAAAUUUUGAAACAGUGAAUUUUUUUUGAGAAGAAAACUAUUUUUUUAGCUGGAAGUUACCAGAACUUUUUCAACACCAACAAAAACUCAAAAAAUUCCACUGUUUCAAAAUUUUCAUAUCAAAAAUUGAGAAUUUUUGGAAAAUGCUGUGGGAAAAUUAGUUCAAUUCAAAAAAUUUAAAUCAAAACUUUAGGUCAAACUUAUUUAGCUUAAGGUAUUUAACUCAAAACACUCCUAAUUUUCAGCGCUAAAAUUUGGCGUCUUACAAUUUUCCAGAAGAAUUUUCAGUAUUUUUUUUCAAAUAUUUUUCAAACCCAGCCCCAAAAAACUCACAAAAUUCGCUUCGAAAACUCCAAAAUCUUCCACAUUUCCAUUAUUUUCGCUUCAAAAUCGCAAACUUUGUUCCUCCUUCUGAAUUUCAUCACCUAAAAACCCAACAUUUCCAAUAAAAUUCAAAUUUUCUCGAAAAACUCACUCAUUUUUCAAAAUUUCAACUUAUUCUUCACAUUUUCAUCCAAUUUACAGCUUCGAAAAAAAAGAAAAAGAAAAAAAUAAAUAAAAAAUAAAAAUCGUGUUGGCAACGCGCUAAUACGCUAAACAAUGGGCAGAGUGACAGCGGAGUGUCGUUGUAAAGAAAAAAAUUUUUUUAUUUUUUUUUUUCGUAACACGGUUUUUUGAAGCUUUUACUUAAUAACAGAAUUACCAAAAGUAUUUUCAACAACGGAAAAUAAUCCCAAAAAAAUUCACUGUUUCAAAAAUUUCAUAUAAAAAUUGAGAAUUUUUUGAAAAUCUUAACUUUUUCGAUAUUAAACCUUUGAAACAGUAAAUUUUUUGAAAUUGAAAAUUACGAAUUUCGAAUUCAAUGUGAAAUUCAGGUUUUUUUUAAAAUGGGUGGCUUGAAACUCAAAAACAUUUUCCAACAAUUUUCAAUUUUUAUUCUAAAAAUUUUGAAACAGUGAAUUUUUCGAAAUAUUUUUAAAGGAUUUUAAUGCGAAAUUUGGCCAAAAAAAUUCACUGUUUCAAAAAUUACAUAUUAAAAAUUGAAAAUUGUUGGAAAAUGAUCCGGCGGGGAUUUAAUGAGGAUAAUUAGAAUUAAAAAUUUUAAACUUAAAUUUUAGGCUACAUUAUAAUCUAUCUAGCUUUUAAGCUUUUAGGACUCUAAAUGUCUUCUAACUUUAAAAUUUACUUUAAGAACUUCAUACUACCCUAACAACUCAAAAUUUCCAGCUAAAACCCUUAAAAAUGACCUUACCAACCCAAUUUUCAGAUGCUAGUCUUCGUGCGUCAGCGGAACAAUUCGCGGAAGCGUCGGAAACGCCUCGUCUCCGGAAAACUGUUUCAUCGUUGGAAUGGCGAAGACAUGGAUCGAUUUUGUCAAAAACUUUUUCCCAUCACUUUUACAUUUUGUAAUCUGAUCUAUUGGAUGUAUUAUACAGCUAAAUCCAAGGAUUAG